AAGGCAGAUGACCACCAAUACAUCUCUGAUACAGAGCUGUGUUGUCUGAGAGGGUGAACCAGAAACGGAUGUAGAAUAAGUAACUGGAUUUAAACUUAUUGGAUUUAGAAGAAGGUAAAGAGCAACAAACUUGAUAAAGUAGACUAACUUUAUCUUUUAUUUGGAUAUCAUGGAUGAAGAACCACCAAACCAAGAGAAGGAAAUGACCUGCCAGUCAGACACCAUCAAUAAUAACCAGCUGGACAAACCAGCACUGGAUGGGUGUGAGGACUCAGAGGACACCACAGAAGGUCAGAGGGUAACUGAUGUUGCAGAGAGCAAGGAGGCAGAAAAAGCACAAGAUAAGGCUAAUGCAGAAGAUCAAAACAACAUGGAGGAUGUCUCUCAGUGUGCUGAAGAGGGUGGACAAGAUAAAGAGAAUAAGUCCGCAGUUGAUGACGUGAAGGAAGCUGAAUUAACAACAGAGAAACAAGAUGGGAAAGAAGAUGUGGAGAAUGGCGACAAGAAAGAAGAGCAGGUGGAUGAGAUGCAGAAUCAAGAAAGUGGGAACAUCACGGAGGAGAUCAAGGACAUGGAGGGAGCAAAGGUAGAGAACCAAGGAGAAAAUGUGAAAAACAACGAACCAAAGGAAAGUGAGCAGGACAAACAUGCAAAACAGGAGGAAAAAGUGGUGACCAACAAAGAAAAGGUAAAGGAAACAGAAAAACAAGUGAAGCCUAAAAGAAAGGGGGCCCCUCCCUCUUCCAUCGCUCGACCAAGAGCCUCUGCACGUUCUAUUCGAGCGUCCAAUAGAAAUGACAUUAUUGCUAAGUUUCAACAAGGUGCUCCAGAGACACCGAUAGCUCGCAAUUUCGAAAUUCAGAAGUCCGCUACAGCGAUGGCAACUGGAGCUUCAAUCAAACAGAAGAUUCUUCAGUGGUGCCGCAACAAGACACGCAAAUAUGAGGGUGUAAACAUUGAAAACUUCUCCUCGUCCUGGAGUGAUGGGCUCGCGUUCUGUGCUCUAAUCCAUCGCUUCUUCCCUGAUGCUUUCGACUACAGCUCACUGAAACCAGAGGAGAGGGAGAAAAACUUCACUUUGGCCUUCCAAACAGCAGAGUCCCUGGCUGACUGCUGCCCUCUACUGGAAGUGGCUGACAUGAUCAUGAUGGGAAAUCACCCAGACCCGAUGUGUGUGUUCACAUAUGUGCAGUCCCUCUGCCACGGCCUCUCUAAAAUAGAGAAAGAGAGGAAGGACAAGGAGGAAAAGGAGAAGGCUGGAACCGAGAAAGAAGAGAAAGAGGAAGGCAGUGAUGCAGCAGGAGAGGAAUCAUGUGCUGACUGUGAGAAGAUGGAGAACCAAGAAGAGAAACUAGAAGAGGACAAAGAAGCAAAGGCAAAUGAAGAAGAGGAAGAUUGCCCAACGAGGCGUCAGGAUGAAAAUGCUGAAGGAGUUUUGGUUGAGGCAGAGACUUAGAACAAAACUGACAGAAAACAAAAUACUGAAAAGACCAAAGAUUACUGUUGAUGAUGACUUAGUUCAGUGUUGCAUACAGCUGUCUCAACUCAGAUGCUAGUAAUUUAAUGUUCCAAAUAUAUGGACAUUUUUUGUCUGUUGUGCUGUGUUUAUCACUCUUUAUUUUAAUCACACUCCAAAAAAGAUAACUUCUUCCCAUAAAUGUGUGUAAAUAAAAAAAAGUAUAAUAAAACAAUGGAUGAAAGUAUUACAUAGAAAUCAUUGAAUGGAAAUUAAAGAUGUAUUGGUGGAUUUGUUACUGAAAAAACAAAACAUGACAAUAAAUGUAACAUUAAUGUUUU